CGCAUAUAUAGUCCCCAGAACACCCGCUCAAUCCCGUCUGGCAUCUUAGACAACACUCGAUUACUCCAGUUCAACAUACAUCAUGACGCAAAUCGGUUGGUUUGGCCUCGGCUCCAUGGGCCUCGCCAUGGCCAGCAAUCUUCAAAGGCAUCUAGCCCGCAAGACAGGCCCGGGUCUCAUUUACUCCAACCGAACCAUUUCCCGAGGUGACCCCCUCAAGAAAUUGGGCGGUACACCCGCAGACAACUUCUCGAAGCUUGUCUCGCAAUGUGGGAUUAUCUUCACCAUGGUCUCCAAUGACUCUGUUCUGCAAGAAUUGGUCACCACAGCUAUCAACUCCGGCCACUCCCUCAAAGACAAGAUCUUUGUUGACUGCUCAACCGUUCUUCCCGAGACUGUGGGCACAGCAGUCUCGAAGCUGAAGGAGAAGGACGCGAAAUUCCUAUCUGCUCCUGUUUUCGGGGGCAACCCCAUCGCUGUGGAUGGGAAGCUGGUAUUCGCCAUCGGAGGGCCCAAACAGGCGGCAGAGGUGGUGAAGCCGUUCAUCCAAGACGUGAUGGGGAGAAAGGUGAUUGAUUGCGGAGAGGAUGCUAUGAAGUCUUCGCUUUUGAAGAUCGCAGGAAACAUCAUCACGGUGAAUUUGAUGGAGGCAGUUGGCGAAGCACAGGUCUUUGCUGAAAAGACGGGCUUGGGUACAGGGCCCAUGGAGGAUCUUAUCGGAGAGGCUUUUGGAGGUGUGGCUGGGGGGUAUUCUAAACGGUUGACGACUGGUGCCUAUGCACCGCCAUUGGACUCUCGCCCCGGCUUCGGGGUGUCUCUGGCCAUCAAGGAUGCAAAGCACGCGUUUUCCAUGGCGAAGGAGCAUAACGUGGAAUUGCCGGGUUUGCAGGUUUCUCUUGAUAACAUGGAGGCUGCCAGAGAGUAUGCGGGCGAAUGCUUGGACAGCAGCUCCAUGUACGGCUAUCUGCGGCAGAAGGCGGGCCUGGAAUUUUGGAACGAAAAGAGUCGACAGGGAAACUCUCAAUAGAUUAGACUAGAUAUAUGUGGCUACUCAUGUUGAUCUCUGUCUGAUUGGGCGAAACCAGUAGUUACAUUGUCCUAUAUAGUAAUUGAUAUAACCGAA